CGACACGACUCUGUAUAAGACCCCGUGCGCAGGAGAGUUAGAUCAGAAGUUUAUUUCUGUGGUUUCUGAGGGAUGGAGGCGCCGCGAGUGCUGUGGAUUCUGUUCUGCGCCUGCAUCGCACCGACUCUGGGCUCGAGACUCAAGACCCCCGCGUUACCCAUCCAGCCAGAGACAGAACCCUUGAUAUCCAAAGGCUUGUCCGGUUGCUCCUUCGGUGGCCGCUUUUAUUCGCUGGAAGACACGUGGCAUCCAGAUCUCGGAGAGCCGUUUGGUGUGAUGCAUUGCGUUAUGUGUCACUGCGAGCCGCAGAGGAGCCGGCGAGGGAAGGUGUUUGGGAAGGUGAGCUGCAGGAAUAUGAAACAGGACUGUCCCGAUCCGUCCUGUGACGAUCCGGUCUUGCUUCCAGGACACUGCUGCAAAACAUGCCCAAAAGGCAACUCGGGGAGAAAGGAGGCGGAGUCUCUGUUUGAGUUCUUCCAGGAGAAAGAUGACGACCUGCAAAAGUCCUACAACGACAGAUCCUACAUCAGCUCUGAGGAGAACAGCAACCGAGACAGCGCCGCCGAUUUUGUGGCUGUACUCACGGGCGUAAUGGACUCCAGCGGCGUCGCUCGGGCCAGAUUCACUCUCACUCGGACCAGCCUGACCUUCUCCAUCACAUUCCAGAGGGUUGAACGGCCGAGGCUGCUUACUUUCCUUGAUUGCGAUGGAAACACGGCGUUUGAGUUCAGAGUCCCGCAGGCAGAUACAGACAUGAUCUGUGGAGUUUGGAAGAACCUUCCGAAGUCUCACCUGUGGCAGCUGGAGGCGGAGCAGUUGCGUGUUUCCAUGACAACCACUGACAACAAGAAGGAGGAGAUACAGGGCAAAGUCAUCAAACACAGAGCGCUGUUCGCAGAAACCUUCAGUGCGAUCCUGACGUCUGACGGGGUGCAUUCUGGGAUGGGAGGAAUCGCCAUGUUGACGCUCAGUGACACGGAAAACAAUCUGCAUUUCAUCCUGAUCCUGCAGGGACUCGUUCCUCAUGGGAGCUUUUUAGUCUCUGCAAAGGUGCCGGUCCGAGUCAAACUGCUGUACCGGCAGCAUCUGCUGAGAGAAAUACGAGCAAACAUCUCUGCAGACGACUCUGACUUCGCUGAAGUCCUGGCCGAUCUGAACAGUCGUGAACUCUUUUGGUUGUCCCGUGGCCAGCUGCAGAUCUCGGUGGAAACAGAAGGUCAAAACCCUCGUCAGAUCUCCGGAUACAUUUCUGGCAAGAGAUCAUGUGACAUUCUUCAAAGCGUGAUGUCCAGUGGUUCUGCUCUGACUCCUGGGAAAACCGGCGGCGUGGGGUCGGCCGUCUUCACUCUCCAUCACAACGGCUCGCUCGACUACCAGGUUCUGGUGGCGGGUUUGAGCAGCGCGGUGGUCGGUGUGACGAUCGAGAUGAAGCCGCGGCGGCGCAGUAAACGCAGCGUGCUGUACGACAUCACGGCGGACUUCGCUGCGGCGCAGGAGGAACGCGGCGGCGGGCGAGCGCUGGGAAGCUGUGGACGCGUCGAGGCCAGACACAUUCACAUGCUGCUGCAGAACGAACUGUUCAUUAACAUCGCCACGGCCGAGCAGCAGGAGAGCGAACUGCGCGGACAGAUACAAAUGCUGCCGUACAACGGACUGGACGCGCGCCGAAACGCCAUUUUUAAUUAAAACCCACUGUUUUUCGUCCGCUGUACAUCCGUUGAUCUUGCGGUUCAUUUUGUGUGUCAUUUUGUGUGUACGGCUGCGGCGGGUCACGCCUGGGUCUCGGUGGACGAACAGUGUCAUCUGCAUUACGAGAUCGUCGUCAAUGGCCUCAGUAAGAGCGAAGACACCUCCGUCAGCGCACACCUGCACGGAUUGGCUGAGAUCGGCGAGAUGGACGACUCGUCCACCAAUCACAAGAGACUUCUGACUGGCUUCUACGGUCAACAGGCUCAGGGUGUGCUGAAAGAUAUUAGUGUUGGGUUAUUGAGGCACUUGGACGAAGGCACAGCUUAUAUUCAGGUCAGCACCAAAAUGAAUCCAAGAGGAGAAAUACGAGGACGGAUUCACGUUCCCAACAGCUGUGAGUUGGGUUCCCGAGGUGAAGUGGUCGAGGAGGCAGAGUUUGACGAUCUUGUAUUUGUCCGUGACCCGGCCGAGCUGAGGAAAGACCCACACACGUGCUUCUUUGAGGGAGAACAUCAUGCACAUGGGUCGCAGUGGACACCGCAGUACAACACCUGCUUUACCUGCAUCUGCCAGAAGAAGACAGUGAUCUGUGAUCCUGUGAUCUGUCCUGCGCUCUCGUGUCCUCAUACCAUCCAGCCUGAAGACCAGUGCUGUCCCAUCUGUGACGAAAAGAAAGAAUCCAAACAGACGACUGCAGUAGAAAAAGUUGAGGAAGAUCCAGAAGGCUGUUAUUUUGAAGGUGAUCAGAAAAUGCACGCACCUGGCACAACAUGGCAUCCGUUUGUCCCGCCAUUCGGUUACAUCAAGUGUGCAGUGUGUACCUGCAAGGGCUCCACAGGUGAAGUGCACUGCGAGAAAGUGACGUGCCCGCCUCUCACCUGCAGCCAACCAAUCAGACGCAACCCUUCAGACUGCUGUAAGGAGUGUCCUGCUGAAGACACACCCCCUCUAGAGGAUGAUGAAAUGAUGCAGGCGGAUGGAACGCGCCACUGCAAAUUUGGCAAAAACUACUACCAGAAUAGCGAACACUGGCACCCGAGAGUCCCUCUGGUGGGAGAAAUGAAGUGCAUUACCUGCUGGUGUGAUCAUGGCGUCACAAAGUGCCAGAAAAAACAGUGCCCGUUGUUGAGUUGCAGUAACCCCAUUCGCAGAGAAGGAAAAUGCUGUCCUGAAUGCAUGGAGGACUUAAUGGAAAAAGAAGAAAUGGCGAAAAAGGUGGAGAAAAAGAAAAAUUGGAGACACUGAUACCUUCUUCCUCAACGUUCAUCAUCAUCCUCCUGCCUUGAGAUCAGGUCGUCUCAAACGCACAACGGGACACCUGCGGAUUGCAAAAACAAUCGAUGCAUGAAACAGAGGAGAGGUCCAGAAUACAAAGGGAUCGAGAACCGUUUGAGAGAAAGAUGCUCUGAAGAUGAAAGAUAUCAAGACAAAACCAGAUAAUGCAUAAAAGGAGAAUGAAUUUUACCUGCUGCAAAUGUUUGAAUUUCCCAUAGACUGAUUCUCACAUGGGAUUGUAUUUAUUAUUUUUGUUUGCAUAUUUGACUUGGUGCAAAAUAUACAAGAGUCAUACAUCAUCACACCUGUAACAAUCACAUGUUUGUAUCACAGUAAAAAUAACAAAAACACACACACACGCACAUGCCGUCAUUACAAUCCUUAAUAUUUACACUCAAAUCCCAGCCAAUCAGCAGGACUGUUGUGAUGCAUCUGAUUGGAGAUUUGCCCUGUGGGUGGGGCUUGGUUUUGGAGGUGGGGUUUAAAACACUCAUCAACAUAAACCUGCUCAUUUUUGUUGCACCUGAUGUUGUCGGUCUGUUUGCUGGUAUAUCAUAUUUUAUUGCUAUUUUCUUUUAGUAUUUUGAUGGAUAUUAUGAAUAUUGUUUGUAUUUGCAUAUUUAUUAAUUAUGAUGAAUAAACAAUAAAGUUUUAAAAUUUAUGUUGUCAUAAAA